GGAAGUAGCGCAGCUGUGCAUAAAGGCAAUUGAUUUAAAAGUAGCCUAAACCAGACGAAAUGGACAUGCAAUUCCUUGGACUUGUUAAAUUUCUUUAGAUAGCUUUACUGCGCCUCUCACCAUAUUAGGGCCUGCAAACAUUUAUAGCACAACCCUUUCAAAAACCCACACUUCCCAUCAGCAUUUCACACUUGUCAUGUUAAAGAUAAAAAAGCUGUUGAAAGCUGUUUCCUUUCAUUACUGAUCUAGAACCAGUCUCUCCACACUAAAACCAUAAUAAUUAAUACCAGCUAAACUGACUCCAGGCCAGUGUUAAAGGAAGCUUACAGAGAAAUGGAUCGCUUAAGCCUCUUGUUUCCUGAUUUUAACCCUCAAUUGCAUGAGAGAUAGUUUUGAAACAUUAACUGGCAGUUCUGUCUCUCCGAGCACCGCAGGCAUGCAUUUGAGAUCUUCGAUUCAUCCCAUCCUCACCUUAGCCCUGUCAGCCAUUUUGUUUCUCAGCAGCCCUGUUCAGAAUGUGGUUCAGGGGGCGGAGUCUGUCAUCGGGAGGCGUGGCUUUUCAGUGAUAUGGAAUAUGCCCACAGCUCGAUGUCAGCGUCGGUACGGAGUCUCCCUGCCGCUGCGCCAGUACAACAUUGUACAUAACUCACAGCAGAGAUUUCAGGGUCAGAAUAUGAGCAUAUUUUAUCAGCGUCGUCUGGGCCUCUACCCAUACAUCAACCGUCAGGGGUCAAAAAUAAAUGGUGGCCUGCCUCAACAAGGAUUCCUAAAGGCUCAUCUCUCAUUGGCUGAGGCGCAGAUCAUUGAAGUGUUGAGACAGAUGUUCAGCGGAUUAGCUGUGCUAGAUUGGGAGGCGUGGCAGCCCAUAUGGAUGUGGAACUUCGGGACCAGAAUUGCAUAUCGGAAAUUUUCGAAAAAGCUGGUUAGGUGGAAACAUCCAGAUAUGUCAGAGGAGGAAGUGAAAUCCAAGGCGAAGGCUGAGUUUGAAUUAGCAGCAAGAGCAUUCAUGGAAAAGACUCUUCGCCUUGGUGUUCGCCUCUGCCCAGAGGGAUUAUGGGGGUUUUAUGGGUUUCCCGGUUGCUAUAACAAUCAUGGCCAAGGACAAAGCGGCUACACGGGGCAGUGUCACAAUGGCACAGCGAUUUUGAAUGAUAGACUGGCGUUUCUAUGGCAACACUCCACCGCCCUGUAUCCCAGCAUUUAUCUGUGGCGUAAGCUGGCAGGACAUACACAUGCUCAACUAAUGGUGAGACAUCGUGUACUUGAAGCCCUCCGGGUGGCAUCCCAGCAUUCACUUGGCACUGAAGCACUUCCUGUUUUUCCCUACGCCAGAGUGGCGUUCACACACACAUUAAUGUUCCUGAAUCAGACGGAUUUGGAGCACACACUAGGUGAGAGUGCUGCUUUAGGUGCUGCUGGAGUUGUGUUAUGGGGCGAGCUGAGUUUCGCCAAGUCCAAGCGACAGUGCGCCCUCUUGCGUGAUUACCUAGGCUCAGUAUUAGGAGACUAUGUCACCGCCCUGCAGGCCAGUGUGAGGAACUGCAGCGAAAGAAUGUGUAACGCCCAGGGACGCUGUGCUCGUCUGGACCCUCACUCAGGUUACAUGAUCCCUCUACUUGAUACCCAUGAAGCUCUUAGCGACAUGAGGUCAAAGUUCAAGUGCAUGUGUUAUAAAGGAUGGAGCGGAGAACAAUGUGACCAAAAUAAUUUCUAAGAACAGUUUGCAACCCAUUUCAUUUUUCAUUUCUGUAAUGUGACAUUUAUAAGUUAAGAGAUGUAGAGUGGGACAAUCAGGAAUUGGUUAGAUGGUUAAAAGUGGGUGUUACAUACCAGAAUGGAGUCAGAUUUGAAUAUUUGCUAUUUAGCUGUUUAUUAAUAUGAUCCAAUUGAGUGCAACAGUUCUGGAAGUAUUUUUCCCAUUCAUUUUUUCAUUCAUUUUUUUUGUUUACUGUAGGGAUUUUUAAAAAAAGUGUUCAAACGUUUUUAGCUAUUAACCAAACCAACAUGCUACAAGAUGAAGCACAACUUAAUAAUUUGAAGCAAAAAAAGUAUUUGAAAAUAAAGUUUCAAGACUGUGUACAACAGCUUUAUAAUGAGGAAAAUAACUAUAAUCUAAUGAAGCAUUGUAAAUUAUAUUAUUGAAAUAAAAACAAAGUAGUUGGAUUUGGGAGACUUGGUUAUACUUGGUCAUUCGCAGUACUUUAUGGAUUUGGUUUAAAUGUUUGUUUGUUUGUUUUUUGCCCUGAUGUUUUUGUUUGAUUUUCUGAUUUAGUGGAGAUUUAAUCGCAGAAUUAUAAGCUAUGUAGUUUUUCACCAGAAAUCACGCUGUUAAAAAUGUCAAAAACAUACCACACUGUAAACUUUAACUUGUUGUACAAGUUAUACAAAUUCAAAUAAUUUUUAAGCCAGUUUAAUGUACUGUUAAGUUGAAAUUACUUAUACAUUAAAGUUGAUUGUACUUUUC